UGAACGUUUGAAAAUGUAUGUUUCGAUCAUCCUUGGUAGAUGUAAUGAGUGGUAAUCAAUUUUCUUCUGAUUUUUGUAUGGAUGUGUAUGUCUGUUUGUAACUGUUAUUCGAUUUCGAUCGGUUUCGAUAUACAUAUUCCGCUCGUCGGCGCAUCCUUCGUGCCUCGCGUCUAUUUCGUUGCACAAUAGCACGCGAUGGAGCUCUCAUGGAGACUUCAAUGGAUUACGUACGGUACACGUUAAUUAAAUCUCUGGUUUCACGGUAUGGUCCCGAUUGAGCACCGUUGCCGCGAAACUUGUCCAUUCAAGCGAUCGUAUGCCAAUUUCAUGGCUCCACUCUACUGGAAGAUCCUUUUAAAAAGAUCUGUACUAGGUGUAGAAAUUCAUUCUGUCCCUUUAUAUCCAAUCAUUUAUAACUCUAGCGUAAACAGAAAUAUCUGUCCAUUAUUUCGUUUUAAAUUGUAGAUAUUGGAAAACAAAAUUCCAAUAGUAAUUAUCAAGCGUUUAACUGCGUUAAACAGUGUAACUUAGUGCAAUUCUAUGUGUUCAGUAUGUCAACAAACGUUUUCAAAAGGUUUCAGGUCGCUGGAAUACCGUUGGCGUCGGUUUCAUACAAACGCGAAUAUCGAGCGUUUCAGUCUAUGGAAUCGAUUGAAACUGUGUUAAUUAUCAAGUAGAUAUAAUACAUUGGCUGCAAAAAAAUGUAUACAAAUUGCUUCGAAAUUAGUCAAAACGAAAGACUACCUCCUUAAACUUCAACGAUCCAAACAAAAAUACACAUGUACUUUACAUAUUAACUUCAUAAUACGCUACCAAUUUAUAUAUUAGAAACUAAAAUUUCAAUAUUACAUAUCAAUAACAAUUCUUCAGCUGCGAAAGAAUUAUACAAAUUGCCUCGAAAUUAGUCAAAACAGAAGACUACCCCCUUAAACUUCAACGAUCCAAACAAAAAUACAUCUAAUUUUAAAGCAUUCCACAGGUUCAAAAGGUUCUAUUUGAAUCCGAAUGGAACCAAUCGCGCGACCCUAAGUGCGUGCUCUUUGCCCUACUUCGCCACCCCCUCGACAUCGUAUUCCUCUCUUAGUCGUCUAACCGGAGCUGAUUAAUGGCUGCGCGGGAAUUACGAUGGUUUCGACGUGCAUGCAGACAAUACAUCGAAAUAAGAAUGAACCGAAUCCCUAUUGAUUCACCUGGAAACCAAAUCGAUAGUCGUACGAGGCACAGGGGCUCACUUCGUUACAAAUCGGCCAACUUUCGUCGGAUCGACGGAGUGACGGGCCGCGGUUCGUCGGUCGCCCAAGGUGAAUCCUCCAUUGAAAAAUUCCUCAGUUCGUAGCCGACGACUCCAGGUUGCAAACCACUUCGUCGGGCUUCUUUCUGAAAUUCGUGUUCGCUUAAUUUCGUGAGUAAACUUCUUUGCGAUCUGCAAAAGUAAUCUAAAAAAAUAUAUAUAUAAUUGGACACUUGGGGAACGUUGUGAUUAAUAUAAGUUGGUACACCCUGUAUAGUUAAUUUUGAAGCUUGUGUGUCGCCUAAUUCCCCUAAUUCCUCUGUGCAAGCUGUGAAAGUAAUUAAAAAAAAAAAAAAAAAAAAAGUGAGGGAAAAGUGUGUAUAUUAUUAAUUUCGUUUAUUGUCGUUCUUCUAGUAGAUCUUGCAUGUCACGAUGCCCGAUCAGAUUCAGGAAGGAAAGGAAGCGAUCGUGGACGCGGUGAUAACGGAAAUGGUGACUGAAGUGGAGCAGCAGGAGGAUAAGAAGUCCCUAUCGGAAGUGGAUCUCGAGAAGAAAUCACGUCCGAGGAAGUAUCUCACCAAACGCAUGAAACUGUAUCCAGAAUUGUACAGAAGUGACGUUUCGAUUCAUCCCAGUUACACGGGCCUUACGAACUUGCCUUACUACGUGAUCUGCAGGCGUCGCCUACAAAGAAUCAAGAAACAGAUCAGACGUCAGCUGAACCGCGAAGUCAUGCAUUUCGCGAUGAUGCAAAUGUUCGCCAUCGAUAGCGUUAAAGUCGACCGUGUCUUCAGCGUCGGGAUGCCACAGAAGACGUUGAUCGUCCCCGAUUUGUUAACCGCGAACGAGAGACGUCACCUCAACGAACUCUUCACGAAUCAUUAACGCAUAAACUUCAUCGUCAUCACUGUCAAACAAUUGUAUCGACACACGAGCAAAAUAAAGACACGUUUGUACGUUGUAUACAUUGAAUGAGUCUAUUUUCUCUCGGACAGAGAUGAACAAAAUUUAAUCGAAAUAAUGGAUAAGAAAAAAUA